AUGAAACUGUCCGUCAUGCUCGUCAUCGAGGCCCUGCUCCUCCUAGGCUCGCAGGCCUUUUUCUUCACCCUCGCCUGGGCGUUUCUCAUUCAGGGCCUCGUCCGCGAUUAUGCAUCCAAUAGCUCCGAUCAAGAAUUCCUCCUCUCGACCUUCCCCACAAACACCUACAAACGGCAGCAAAAAUGGUGGCAAGGGGGUAUGCUUGUCCAGGUCGUAUUUGCGCUCACGCUCACAUGGAGCUGUCAACUCUUUGAGCUCAUAAUUCUGGAGAUCCUCGGACUUUUGGGACAAGAGUCCCGAUGGUACUUCUGGCGACUGACAAUGAAUGCCAUGCUACUACUCGUCAUUGCCAUUAUCCCAUACUAUCAAUGCGUUCUCAUUGUACGGCAUACAGGUAUAUCAACUCAGAAAGCGCUGCCAAUUGCCGGCGCUAUCUGGGCUGUAUACUUUUAUCUCUUUGCAAAGGUCGGCUAUGGGUUCCCGAUGCAGGGAGGAGAUGCUCCAGGGAUACUAUCGACUGAAUGGGGGAUGUCCCGAGUUGGGAUCAUUGGAGUAACCAUUAGUGCCAUUCUCUCGGGAUUUGGAGCAGUGAACGGCCCCUACUCUAAUCUUUUCUUCUUUCUACGCCAAGUGACAGAUAUCGAUAUUCAGCUUGCAGAAAAGAAGUGUAUGCAGACCCUGGAAAUGAUUGCGAGCAAAAAAAAGCAGAUCCUAAUUCAGGAGGCCAAGCUAACGAGUCAAAGGUCGGCGGAUUUGUACGCAAAAUAUUUGGCAGUGGAUCAGGCAAAGAGGGCUCAAGAGCUGGGGGCCCUAGAGGGGAUAUCCAGGCAACUGUUUUUGGACAUUGACGACCUUUACGUCGAAAAGUCUCGAUUAGAGCAUGCAAAAACAUGGCAAGGCAAAUACAGCAAUCUCAUGGGGUACAUCUUUUCGGUGUACUGUAUCUACAAACUGGCUAUGGCCCUCAUAAACACCGUGUUUAGACGAAAAGGAUCGACCGACCCUAUUACGGCUCUUAUCAGCAAAUUUGUCUCUUAUACCAAUAUGACUAUCGACGUACGGUUCUGGUCUCAACAACUCAGCUUCUUCUUUGUCGGCCUCAUGAUUUUUCUGUCGAUCCGAGGACUGCUGACAGAGGUAUCUAAGUUUUCACGAGCCUUCUCGCGGCAUGUGUCCUCCAGCAACAUCAUUCUGUUCCUAGCACACAUCAUGGGCCUCUACUUUUUAAGUUCCAUUCUAACGAUGCGCCAGAGCCUGCCUCAGGAAUUUAGGUCCAUCAUCUCGGACUCAUUCGGUGCACUAGAAUUCGACUUUUAUCAUCGGUGGUUCGAUGUGAUAUUCCUGAUAAGCGGUGUCAUUAGCAUGGGAUUCCUGUAUUUCGUGCACACAGCCAGCGGAAGCAGUAAUGUCCUUGCGAAAGACCCUGCAUUCGAAUAUAUGAUUGAGCGUGAGCAGAGCGCAUCGAACAGCAUGUACGACCGUCGGUCAUCUCCGCCUUCAGACUCUCAGACCGCUGUCACUUCUGAUUCUCGGAUCGGUCUGUCUUCUGGGACACAGUGGCGGUCUCGAGGACCUUGA